ACCAUAACAACAGCGCGCGUUAAGAUCAUAACAAAACAAAAAAUAACCUAACCUCUUUACCCGUUAAUAUUAACUUUAAAUAUAAGCUAAAAAUGAGUGGUGAAAAGAUAUUAUUUCAUUUAGAACAACCCCACGGAUCAGGAGACAUUUAUGCAGCCUGGCAAAAAGGUUCUGGUAAUUAUCUUGUUACAACUGGUGUAGAUAGCACGUUAAAUAUAUACGAUCGAUAUGGCCAAAUCAAAGAAAGAAUUAAAUUACAAAGUUUGUGUAACGGAUUUGCUUGGGAUAACGACGGCGACGUUUUGGCGAUUUUAUCUCAAACGGCCCAACUUAUUAUUUGGGAUGCUAACUCUACGAGACGUCAAACUAUCGAUAUUGGAUUACGAGAUGUUUUAACUUUUUUGGUUUGGAAUAAAACCGAACCAAUUUUAGCCGUGGGUACGAUUAAAGGGAAUGUUUCGAUAUAUAAUCAUCACACUUCUAAACGUGUUCCAAUUAUUGGUAAACAUACAAAGAAAAUUACUUGUGGCGCUUGGAGUGCCGAAAACUUAUUAGCAUUAGGAUCGGAAGAUAAAACAAUUUCUAUUAGUAACAUCGACGGAGAUACUUUAAGAGUUGUUUCUUUAAGAUCCGAACCAGCCGAGUUACAAUUUUCGGAAAUUAAAUUAGAUGAACGAGUCGGUGGUGAAAACACAGUUAGUGUAAUUGUUGGUAAACGCACCCUUUACCUUUAUAACCUCGUCGAUCCAGAAAAUCCGAUCGAAUUAGCGUUCCAACAGCAUUACGGCACAAUCGUAACAUACAAAUGGUUUGGGGAUGGUUACAUUUUAGUUGGAUUUUCCACCGGUUAUUUUAUAGCAAUUUCGACUCAUAUUAAGGAAGUGGGGCAAGAGUUAUUUCAAAUUCGUAACCAUAAAACGAAUCUAUCAGAUAUUUCCGUAUCUACGGAAGCUGGAAAAGUUGCUACUUGCGGCGAUAAUGUAAUAAAACUUCACGAUUUAUCAAAUUUACAAGAAACAUCCGCUGUGAUAACUUUAAACGAAGAGAUAGGUGUUGAUAGAAUUGGUUGGAGUUCAGACGGACAACUUUUAUUUGUUUGCACAAAAAGUGGAUCUUUAAACGUUUACAUAUCUUAUAUGCCUACUUUGGUUAGCGUUUGCGGACCUAGAAUUGCAAUUUUAUCCAGUUUAAUGGAAGUUAAUUUGUAUAAUUUUAAAUCUGACAAGUCAAAAUUAAUUCCGAUUCCGGUCACUUUGGAGGUAGAACCAAGUUUUAUUUCAGUUGGACCUUAUAAUUUAGCGACUGGGUUAAACAAUCGGGUUUGGUUCUACGAUUUAACGCGUUCUCAUCCAUAUUCCGAAAACUCACCUUUAUUAUUAAAAGAUCGAGAGUAUUUGGGCGGAAUUUCCGGUUUGAAAAUGAACGCCGAGUACGUUUCGGUCCUUUAUAACGGAAAAAUUCAAAUGCACAUGAUAGAAACCCCCGAAAUGGAGAUGGACGAACGAGAAAGCAUUAUUUUUCCAAACGAAAACUCUUCGAAUGUAUUCAUAACUUGUCAUUUUUUAUCAACCGACUUUUUAAUUUACGGAACGGAUAUGGGUGAUAUCGUAUAUUUUUGUAUUGAAGAAUGGUCUUUUUCAAUCGAGUAUAAGCACGCAAUUGGUAUUUUAGAUAUUUAUGUCGAUCCGGCUGGAACUUGUUUGAUUUUUAUUGAUUCAAAGAAACAGGGUUAUUUAUUUAAUGCGGUUAAUAACGAAGUGAUUAUGGUACCUGAUAUGACUCAUGACGUAAAAGGUGUUCUUUGGGAAAGUUGUGUAACAGAGCGAAAUGUUUUUAUUGUAUUUGAUAAUCAGGAUAUUUACACUUAUAUUUAUGUAAAGUUAUCAGUUUAUGGUCCAUCUAUACAAAAAUUAGGAAAAACACCGUUUUUAUCGAAGCAAAUACCAUUGUUACUGUAUUCUGGAGAAGUUAUUUGUACUGCACCUUCGGGACAAAUAAUUAGAGUAAUAUUAAGUACCCACCACGAUAAUAAACAAAUUGGAAAUAACGAAGACACAGCGAAUUUAGAAAACAUUUUUAAUAAACAAUUAUCAUUACAUAAUUUCCCGUCAGCUUUUCAAACUUGUUUAUUAUUAAACUCGAAAGAACAGUGGAAAAAAUUGGCGAAAAAAGCAAUAACAACUUUAGAUAUUGAGUUUGCGAUUCGCGUUUAUAAACAAUUAGAGGAUUCCGCGACGAUUUUGGCUCUCGAGGAAAUUUCGGACGUGGAAGAUUCAAAGUUAUUAGCGGGAUACGUCGCGAUGAUGUUCCUCGACGAUUUCGAUAGGGCGCAAGAGUCGUUUUUGAAGUCAUCGAAACCAGAAUCCGCGUUGGAAAUGCGCCGUGAUCUUUUACAAUGGGAUCACGCCUUACAAUUAGCAAAGAAAAUGGCACCGGAUCAAAUUCCAUUUAUUUCUAGAGAAUACGCUCAACAAUUAGAAUUUACUGGAAACUUUUCUGAAGCUUUUCUUCAUUACGAAAAAGGUCUACAAGAUCGAAAUUCGUCACAAGAACACGUUUUCGUUUGUAAAUCAGGCAUUGCAAGGACAGCAAUUCGAUCGGGAAAUUAUAAACACGGAAUGAAUAUUGCGAUCGAUUUAAAUAACUCAAUUUUAUACAAGGAAUGCGCUGAAUUAUUAGAGUUAAAGAAACAAUUCAAUGAUUCGGCCAAUUUUUACGAAAAAGCGGAACUUUACGAAAGGGCCGCAAAGAAUUAUAUAAAACAAAAAAAUUGGUUCAAAAUUGAACGUUUAUUACCAAAAAUAUCAUCGCCUAAAAUUUUUAUACAAUUCGCUAAAGCAAAAGAAGCUGAAGGAAAGUUUGAGGAAGCCGUUAAAGCUUAUUAUUCUGGUAAAGAUUACGAUUCUGUGGUGCGGUUACAAUUAGAUCAAUUAAAUAACCCGGAAUUAGCUGUUGAAUUAGUUCAAGAAACUCGGAGUGUUGAAGGGGCAAAAUUAGUAGCGAAAUUCUUUUUAAAAUUAAACGAUUACGCGUCAUCAAUCCGAUUUUUAAUCCUUUCAAAAUGCAACCAAGAAGCUUUCGAUUUGGCGAAAAAACACGGAAAAUUAAACUUAUACGGAGAUGUUUUAUUAAAUACUUUAACCCCCGACGAAAUUAAUCCGGAAGAUUUUAAUCGUUUAGCUCGAUAUUUCGAAACCGGUAAUGACUUAUUAGCUGGAAAAUAUUUUUUCCACGGCAAAGAUUACCAAAAAGCGUUAAAACAUUUAUUGAAAGCAUCAAAAACUGAUGAACAAGAAGCGAUUUCAACCGCGAUCGAUGCUGUUGCUUCCUCGAACGAUGACGUUUUAGCAAAUCAAUUGGUUGAAUUUCUUUUGGGGGAGUCCGAUGGGAUUCCUAAAGAUCCCAAACAUUUAUUUCGAUUGUAUAUGGCUAGAAAACGUUUUAAAGAAGCAGCCAAAUCGGCGAUAAUUAUCGCGAAUGAAGAACAAAUUAAUGGAAAUUAUCGAACAGCUCACGAUGUUUUAUUCGCAAUGUACCAAGAAUUACGACAAAACGGGAUUAAAAUUCCUUUCGAAAUGUAUUCGAAUUUAAUGUUGUUGCAUAGUUACAUUUUAGUGAGAUUACACGUUAAGAAUGGGGACCAUUUAAAAGGGGCGAAAAUGUUAAUUCGAGUUGCUAGUAACAUUUCAAAGUUUCCAUCACAUAUCGUUCCCAUUUUGACCUCGACGGUAAUUGAGUGCCAUCGGGCUGAAUUGCGUUUUGCAGCUUACAAAUUUGCGACGAUUUUAAUGAAUCCUGAUUAUCGAAAACAAAUCGAUCAAAAAUAUGCUAAGAAAAUUGAGGGGGUUGUAAGAAAACCUCCGAAAAGUAGCGAUGGAAAAACCAAUGAGGAUCCCCCUGAAAAAUUAACACCCUGUCCGUAUUGCGAAGGAUUAUUAAGCGAAUCAGAAACUUUUUGUACUCAAUGCAAAACUAAUGUACCAUUUUGUAUCGUUACUGGCCGUCAUGUUGUAAAGAAUGAUCUAACUAUUUGCCCUGAGUGCAAUUUUCCUGCAAUUUUAACCGAAUUUAAAAAGAUGUUGGAUGCAAAUGAAAACUGUCCGAUGUGCACCGAAAAAGUUAAUUUAAAAAAGUUAAUACCCAUAGAUAUUAAGGAUCUUUAUUUAAACAUCGAAUAAUAACAUUUUAUUUUUAAAUUAAGUAUUAACUAUUCCGUCCAUUUUAUUAAAUAUUAGGUUCAAUAAGAGAUGUCGCUUUUUAAUGUCAAAAUAAAUUUUAGGUUAUGUUUAUAUCUUUA